AUGGCGUACCCAGGUACGACUUGCCGUUCACAGCAGCCCUACAUCAACUUUACUGCCGGCCCCCCAAGCACCAAAGCACAUAAAGACACUGUUGUCAAGUUCAUGGUCAUGGGAACCUUUCUGCGAGCCUAUCCAGUUUGCGGGCGAGUCUUUGCUCCGCUACUGUCGAGUUCACUGAAAGCAGAAAUGGAGAAACACACAAAAUAUUCCAACGACAGAGUAGAUCGCUGCCUGCAAUAUGACAAGGACAGAGGGGAUAUCUGGAGGGAGAUGUACGCCAACGCCCAAAUAUUCAUGAUUGCUGGGACCGAGACGACAGCUACGUUGUUGAAGAUCCGGUCGCUCCAUCUUCAGGGCCUGAACAUCAUCAACCUGCAACAGCUUCCUUAUCUCAACACGUGUCUAGAAGAGGGGCUUCGCAUGUAUCCCCCGGCUCCGGGUGUAGUGCCUUGUGUGGCUCCUCAAGAAGGGUCAACUGUCUGCGAGCAAUUCGUCCCAGAAGGAAAGGCUACAAGCGUCGCUCAGUACGCAGAUUACACUCCGGCCUACAAUUUUGCUAAUCCGCAUGAUUUUGUGCCCGAACGUUGGUUGGUUGAAACGCCCGAGAAGUACGCAAAGGACAACAAGGAGGUUGUUCAACCCUUUUCGUAUGGGCAGAGAAACUGCAUUGGCAAGAAUCUUACCUAUCACGAGAUGCGUCUCAUUUUAGCCAUAGUGCUGUGGAAGUUCGACAUUGAACUUGCGGAUAAGAACUCGUAUUGGAUCGAUCAGAAGUCUUUUGGUAUCUGGAAGAAGCCUCCACUGGGUUCUAUUGCUCUCAUUCGAUUCGACGCAGAUGCUACAGCAGUGGAUUGA